AUGGACUGCAGCCCACCAGGCUCCUCUGUCUAUGGAUUCUCCAGGCAAGAAUACUGGAGUGGGUUGCCAUGCCCUCCUUCAGGGGAUCUUCCCGACCCAGGGAUUAAAUCAAUGUCUCUUAUUUCUCCUGCGUGUUCGCUCACCGGUCAGGGAACUAAGAUCCUGACCAUCCCCCCAACCCUGAAACAAACCUCACAAAUGCCUGAAAGAGAGGUUGACUUCAGUCAAAGGAACACAAAGAAAGGCCUGGCCAAUGAGGGAGACAAAACACAAAGAACAAAACACAGAUUAAAGUGUGAAAGGAAUUAUGCCACAUGGACAUUCCUGCUGCUUGGGUUCACUCAAUACAUUCCUCAGAAAAGCUAUACUGUUUACUUUUAA